CUUUGAUGUUGGAAGCUCUCGUCUUGUCUGGAGCUCAAAUGCUCUAUUUGUUGCCGCCGGGGUGCAUUACUUUCAGCGUGUGGUGGGCACUUCAUAGCAUAACAACUUUUGUUUAGUUUCAUACAUUCGCCCUGUCUGAGAGUACCAAUCGGACAGAACAAUACGAAAAGUUUUGAACAUUUCUGUCCUUUGACUGGGACAAAAAAAAAACAGCGUUUACUUCUAGUUUGUCGUUCUUAGCAAAAUGCCUCAGCUUAAUAGCGGCGGAGGGGAUGAUCUUGGAGCCAACGACGAAAUGAUUUCUUUCAAGGAUGAAGGCGAGCAAGAUGAAAAAAUACAACAAGAGAACGCGUUCACUGAAAGGGAUUUAGCUGACCUGAAGUCGUCUUUGGUGAAUGAAUCGGAGAUUAAUCAGAAUCCAAACGCCGUUGCGGGUCCCGGGGCGGUCCGACGCGGUCAUCAAGACGAACAGAGAGUUUACUCAGACAGACACAGAGAUCACCUCGACGACGUGUCAAAACACCACGAUGGGGGAAUGUACAAGACGACAGCAUUUUCGGGAUACCCGUUUCUGAUGCUGCCCGACCCGUACCUGCCGAACGGAUCCGUGUCUCCAUCCUCGAACAAGGUGUCCGUCGUGCAGCAGCCCCAUGGGAUGCACCCCCUCUCCUCCCUGUUGCCGUACGGCAACGAGCACUUCAGCUCCAGCUCCCCCCACCUCCCCACAGACAUGAGCCAGAAACCAGGCAUACAUAGACACCAGACCCAGGACCUCUCCGGCUUCUACUCCCUCCCUCCAGGGGGGGUGGGACAGAUACCCCCCUCCGUGGGCUGGCAGAGUCAGCCAGUCUAUCCCAUCUCCUCGUGUGGAUACAGGCAGUCCUACCCCUCCAGUCUCUCCAGCAGCUCCUCCUACUCCAGGUUUCCUCCCUCUCUUGUUCUGGGGCACUCUGGCAUGCACCCGACGGGGAUCCCUCAUCCUGCUAUAGUGCCACCUACAGGCAAACAGGACCAUGACCAGUACGACAGGAACAUGUAUGCGAAGCCGCACGCAGAGCCCAAGCGGGAGAAGGAGCAGAAGAAGGCAGUGAUUAAGAAGCCGCUGAACGCCUUCAUGCUCUACAUGAAGGAGAUGAGGGCAAAGGUCAUCGCUGAGUGCACCCUGAAGGAGAGCGCUGCCAUCAACCAGAUACUGGGCCGAAGGUGGCACGCCCUCACCAGAGAGGAACAGGCCAAGUACUAUGAGCUCGCCCGCAAGGAGCGACAGCUUCACAUGCAGCUGUACCCCAGCUGGUCCGCCAGAGACAACUACGGCAAGAAGAAACGACGAAAGAGGGAGAAGCACCAGGACUCCAACUCAGAUAACUCUCUUGACUGUUCCUAGGAGGAAAAAGAAGUGCGUUCGCUACCUUCAGGGAGGACAGUGUGCAAGUCCCCAUUCUUCCGAUGGAAGUGCUAUAGACUCUCCCCCCUCCCCAACCCCCCCGUCCCCGCC